AUGGCGGCGACGGCGGGAGGGGGGGUGAGUGAGCACGACAGGAGGGCGCUGGUGAAGGCCCUGAGGGAUGGCGACGCCGACGAAGCGAGCGCUAUCCUCGAGCGCCGCCCGAACCUCGCGACGAGCCUCACGCCGCAGCCCCUGGUGCACCUGGCCGUGAAUGCGCCCGCCCACGCCUCGAGGCUGCUCAGCCUGCUGCUGGACGCGGGGGCCUCGCUGGACACGACCAAUUCGCGAGGACUGACAGCCCUUCAUGUGGCGGCUCUGCGCGGCAGCAGCGCAUGCGUGCGCAGGUUGCUGGCUGCAGGAGCUGAUGUGAAUUAUCAGGACAGCGACGGGCGGAUCCCCUUGUUCUACGCCGCGCGCAGCCGUCGGGACGCCGCGAGAAGGUGCCUGCAGAUGCUCCUGGAGGCUGGCUCUUCGCUGGAUGUCCCUGACACCUACGGCGCGACGCCCCUCCACGCCGCCGUCGAGGCAGGCAAUGCAGCGGCCGUGGAGGCGCUGCUGAGGGCGGGAGCCAAUCACGCCUGCAGGGACGCAGAGGGUCGCACGCCACUCCACUCGAGAAGGCCAUCAGGUACAAGUCCUCCGUCGCCCACACAAUGCUGGGCGCGGGGAUGGCUGUACAGGGCGACCUGCAAGACAGCGACCUGCGCGUGUACUUCCACCUGA